CCUCAUGUCUUCCGCAGACACACUUUGGCACUCAUGGCGCAUAAAUAGGUAAAUAACGCAGGGAAAAUCGGCAAAGAGCACCAGAAAAUAACGUUGGACUCAGUUGAGAGGACAUUUUUAGACUUCCUAAUGAAACGACAAGGCAGCCUCGGCCAAUCACAGGGCUUGUUUCAUUAGAGGCAGUGAUGGAGAGGAGAGCUCAUGCUUGCAAGGUGGUGUCAAUUGCUUCAUUUGCAGCUCGGAAGCCAUCAUCCUUUCGCUGCGUUGCAUUGUGGGGGGAAAAAAAGCAGCCCAUCAGAGGUUUAGGUUGAGUUAUGCAAGUGGAGAUCUCCCCCCAGAGUGACCCCUCCAGGAAAUGUAUGAAUGAUGGAGCAGAGCUUUCCUUGCAUCCCAUCCUAGCUGACAACCAGGAGAGAAGUUCACCCCAGAAAAAAAGCCCCAGGGAGAUGACGAAUCAGUCGGAGGCAGACACUUUCCCCGACUCCAAGGACGCGCAAGGGGGCAAACUCGGAGACUCUGACGCCCGCCACACCCUCCAUGGAGCAGCGGGGGACAGGUGCAGCUUCUCCUCGUCCGCGCAGCCGCCGCACUCCGUCUCAGCCUCCGCAGCGCCCGGUGCCAUGUUCCCUUACCCGAGCCAGCACGGCGCCGCGCACCCAGCCUUCUCCAUCGGGAGUCCCGGCCGCUACGUGGCCCACCACCCGGUCCUCGGCAACGGAGCUUACAACAGCCUGCUCGGGAGCUCUUCGCCUCAAGCCUACCCGCCGGCCGCCGGCUACCCGUACGCAGCCCAGCAGUACGGACACACCUACCAAGGCGGCGCCUUUUACCAGUUCUCCCCGGCCCAGGCUGCCGGCCUCCUGCCCGGCAAGGCGCAGGUGUAUCUCUGCAACAGGGCCCUCUGGCUCAAGUUCCACAGACACCAGACCGAGAUGAUCAUCACCAAGCAAGGAAGGCGAAUGUUUCCGUUUUUAAGCUUCAACGUUUCCGGCCUGGACCCCACCGCUCACUACAACAUCUUCGUGGAUGUCAUCCUGGCCGACCCCAACCACUGGAGGUUUCAGGGGGGCAAGUGGGUGCCCUGUGGGAAGGCCGACACCAACGUCAUUGGAAAUCGAGUCUACAUGCACCCGGACUCGCCCAACUCGGGAGCCCACUGGAUGCGGCAGGAGAUCUCCUUCGGCAAGCUCAAGCUGACCAACAACAAGGGAGCGUCCAACAACACCGGACAGAUGGUGGUCCUGCAGUCCCUGCACAAGUACCAGCCCAGACUGCACGUGCUGGAGGUCAACGAGGACGGCACGGAGGACGGAGGCCAGCCGGGAAGAGUCCAGACUUUCACCUUCACCGAGACCCAGUUCAUCGCCGUCACGGCCUACCAGAACACCGACAUCACCCAACUGAAAAUCGAUCACAAUCCCUUUGCCAAAGGAUUUCGGGACAACUAUGACACCGUGUACACGGGCUGCGACAUCGACCGCCUGACCCCGUCCCCGGGCGAGCCCCCCCGCUCCCAGAUCUUGGCGGGCCCCAGAUACGCCAUGCACAGCCCUUUCCUGCAGGAGCAAUUCGUCAGCACGUACGCCAAAUCCCGCUUCCACGCUGGCGUCGGCGCGACCGCUGGCACGGAACGCAGCGUCCCCCUCGGCAACAGCUUGCUGUCCCCGCCGCAGAGCGAGGAGCCCCCGAUGGGCACCCCCCCGCAGCGAUGGUUCGUCUCCCCUGCCAACAACCGACUGGACUUCGCCGCCUCGGCGUACGAGGCCGCCGAUUUCGCAGGCAACGCGGCCACCUUGCUGUCCUACGCCGCGGCCGGAGUGAAGGCCCUCCCCUUGCCCGCGGCGGGCUGCUCCAACCGCGCCCUCGGCUACUACUCGGACCCUUCCGGGUGGGGAGGGCGCACCCCGCCGCAGUACAAGGCCGGCUCGGUGUUCCCCUGCUGGGCCGCCAACUCCGUCGGCGCCAGAAGCAACUGCCUGGCGGAGGAGGGAGACUCCGUGCCGGCGCAGAGGUCGCCCGUCGGCUCGGAGGAGGCCAAGGCCAAGGACGUCACCUCCGAGUCGGGCUGGAUGGAGACGCCGUCGUCUAUCAAGUCCAUCGACUCCGGCGACUCGGGCAUCUUUGAGGCCGUCAAACGGAGGAGGCUGUCCCCGCCCUCCUCCGCCCCGGCCUCGGACGCUCUGGCCCCGCUCAAGUCCGACCUCUUGUCGGCACCCAGGGAGGCGGACAAGACCUGCGCCAAAGACAUUGGCUACUACAGCUUCUACGCCAGCUGUGGCGGUAGCUGCACAGACUGGCAUCGAGCAGCAUCGCAAAGAGCCUGCAAGCGACACGCUCAGCAAGCAGCAUCUCCAUCCCGCAGGACAGCACAUGACAGGAUGGACACGCACCACCAGGACGCGCACAUGGAGCCGCUGCUGCACACGGUCAACGCUUCGUUUGGUUCAUCAGUUGGACAUCAAGGUUUGAGUGAUGAUGAAGCUGUGGUGGACAGAGGAGGAACACGCUCCCAACUACGUACCAACUUUGAGCAGGAAGAUCUUGAAGGCCACAGGACUCUCUACAUCGGGGUUCACGUCCCUUUGGGCAGCACCAGACACCGCAGCCAUGGCAGGCAUCGUCACCAUGGCAACAAACACAGACGGCGGAGCAGGGAGAGGAUACUCACCUUGGUGGAGGGCAGAGAGUCCCCCCUUUAUGACACUCCCUCACAGAGAGUUCAGUUUCUUCUUGGCACAGAAGAUGAGGACGAGGAGCACAUUCCUCAUGACCUUUUCACGGAGAUGGAUGAGAUCUUUGUGAGGGAGGGGGAGGAUUGUGAGUGGAGGGAAAGUGCCAGGUGGUUGAAGUUUGAGGAGGACGUCGAGGACGGUGGAGAGCGAUGGAGUAAACCCUACGUGGCCACGCUGUCUCUGCACAGCUUGUUUGAGCUGCGCAGCUGCAUCAUCAACGGCAGCGUGCUGCUCGACAUGAGGGCCAACACCAUCCAGGACAUCGCAGACAUGGUGUUGGACCACCAGGAGCUAUACUCGCCACUGGGUGAUGAGAUGAGAAAGAGAGUGCAUGAGACGCUGCUGAAGCGCCACCAUCACCAGAAUCAGAAGAAGCUGGCUAAUCGUCUACCAAUCAUGCGCUCUCUUGCUGAUAUGAGUCGACGGACAUCAGAGGUUCAUCUGGACAAAAACGGUGAGAUGACAUCAUCCCAGUCGCACUUAGCGGGCCCAGAUGGAAAAAGCGACGUCACCAGAGAAAACAGCUGUGUGGAUUUAAGCAAGAUGGAUCUUCAUUUCAUGAAAAAGAUCCCACCAGGUGCUGAGGCUUGCAACGUUUUAGUCGGAGAGUUGGACUUUCUGAACAAACCUGUGGUAGCUUUUGUUCGACUCUCACCAGCAGCUCUUCUCUGUGGACUGGCCGAGGUCCCCAUCCCCACCAGGUUUCUCUUUCUUCUCUUGGGACCUUCCGGAAGAGGGCCUCAGUACCACGAGAUAGGAAGGUCCAUAGCCACCCUCAUGACAGACGAGGUGUUCCAUGAUGUUGCCUACAAAGCUAAAGACAGAAAUGAUCUGAUUGCUGGCAUUGAUGAGUUCCUUGAUCAAGUGACCGUCUUGCCACCAGGAGAGUGGGAUCCCUCUAUUAGGAUAGAACCACCAAAAAAUGUACCCUCUCAGGAGAAAAGAAAGAAAAACACCAGCAGUUUGCUGAACGACGUAGCCGAGGGUGACGAAGAGGAGCAUGGCGGCCAUGGAGGCCCCGAACUGCAGCGCACUGGGAAAUGGUUUGGUGGUCUCUUUCUGGACAUCAAGCGCAAAGCCUGCCACUACGUGUCCGACUACACGGACGCAUUCAGUUUGCAGUGUGUGGCCUCCUUCCUGUUCCUCUACUGUGCCUGCAUGUCCCCCGUCAUCACCUUUGGAGGACUUCUGGGCGAGGCAACAGAAGGACGCAUAAGUGCCAUUGAGUCCUUGUUUGGAGCCUCGCUGACUGGAAUGGCCUACUCCUUGUUUGCCGGGCAGCCGCUCACCAUUUUGGGCAGCACGGGACCAGUGCUGGUGUUUGAGAAGAUAUUAUUCAAAUUCUGCAAGGAGUACGGCUUGUCCUAUCUUUCCCUGAGGACGUGCAUCGGCCUGUGGACGGCCGUCUUCUGCAUUGUGCUGGUGGCCACGGAUGCCAGUUCCCUUGUUUGCUACAUCACUCGUUUUACAGAGGAAGCCUUCGCCUCUCUCAUCUGCAUCAUCUUCAUCUAUGAGGCCUUGGAGAAACUGAUCCACCUGGGGGACCACUACCCCUUCAACAAGAACAACAACCUGGAGCAGCUCACCUUGUACUCAUGUUCAUGCGUUGAGCCGUCCGACCCCACCAACAGCACCCUACAGUACUGGGAGUUCAAUAACAUCACUGCCUCGGAAAUCUACUGGGAAGCCCUGGAGGUCAAGGACUGCAUCGAGAAGCGUGGGGAGUUUGUGGGCAAGGCCUGCAGUCAGGAUGGACCUUACGUUCCUGACGUCCUCUUCUGGUGUGUCAUCCUCUUCUUCUCCACCGUCUUCAUGUCCUCCUUCCUCAAGGAGUUCAGGUUCCGCAAUUACUUUCCCACAAAGGUGAGGGGCGUCAUCAGCGACUUUGCUGUUUUUAUCACCAUCUUCACCAUGGUCCUGGUGGAUUAUGCCUUAGGGAUCCCCUCUCCAAAGCUGAAGGUCCCGAGCGUGUUUAAGCCAACCAGAGAUGAUCGAGGCUGGCUCAUCAACCCGCUGGGGCCGAACCCUUGGUGGACCGUCAUCAUCACUAUGUUUCCAGCUCUGCUGUGCACUAUCCUCAUCUUCAUGGACCAGCAGAUCACAGCUGUCAUCAUAAAUAGGAAGGAGCACAAACUCAAGAAAGGCUGCGGCUACCACCUGGAUCUCUUCAUGGUGGGGGUGAUGCUGGGCGUCUGCUCCGUGAUGGGCUUACCGUGGUUCGUGGCAGCCACCGUGCUCUCCAUCACGCACGUCAACAGCCUGAAGCUGGAGUCACAGUGCUCGGCCCCCGGGGAGCAGCCCAAGUUCCUGGGCAUCAGGGAGCAACGUGUCACCGGUCUCAUGAUCUUCACGCUCAUGGGCUGCUCCGUCUUUAUGACCUCUGUGCUCAAGUUCAUUCCCAUGCCGGUGUUGUAUGGUGUGUUUCUCUACAUGGGAGCAUCUUCUCUCCGAGGAAUACAGUUGUUUGACCGUCUGAGACUAUUGGGAAUGCCAGCCAAGCACCAGCCAGACUUCAUCUACCUGCGUCACGUACCCCUGAGGAAGGUGCAUCUGUUCACCUUCAUCCAGCUCACCUGUCUGAUCCUUCUCUGGGUCAUCAAGACCUCCAAGGCUGCCAUCGUUUUCCCCAUGAUGGUGUUGGCUCUGGUCUUCAUCAGGAAGCUGCUGGACUGCAUCUUCACCAAGAGAGAGAUGAGCUGGCUGGAUGACCUGAUGCCAGAGAGCAAGAAGAAGAAGCUGGAGGACGCCGAUGAGGAAGAAGAGCAAAGCGUCCUUGCAGAGGAGGAGGAGGGCGUAGUGCAGGUGGCGCUGGAGGGGUGCAAAGGAUUACCUGUCAUCAACAUCACAGAUGAGAUGUCCAAAGGGUCUUUUGGAAGCACCUGGAACGCCUCAAGCUAGGGUGAAAGACCAAAGACCGUAAGACGCGUUUACCCUCACAUGUUGAACAUCUUCACUUCUCUAUGCUCGUCACCUGUUUGAUUCACCUGCUGUGUACGUGGGAUAGGACAGGCUAGCGUGCUAGUGUACUGCAUAGAUACUACAUAGUACAGUAUACAUUUCUUCUCCUUGUAAUACCUACAGCAUUUCUUCGUCUUCUUCUACACAUAAUAAUGCACUCGCUAGUCAAUUGAUGUUGUGUUUUUAGUCAAAGAACCUUUCUUCCUUGGUGGUUUUUUCAUGACGAACUUUCACAUGUCCCCUGAAAUGCUGACACCUGAAGUCAUCACGGAGACGUUUUUAAUGCUGAUGUUCCUACGUAGCCUAGCAAGCAGAUGUUUGUGUGUAUUUGGUGUCGCCAGUAAAAAAAAAAACAGGCUGACGUGCUUUUUGUAGGCUUGAGUUUGUCGCGAUCAGACGUUUGAUGAGCUGUGAACGACAGCCCAGAGAGGCGACGCCUCCCAAAGCGCGUCACGCCGCCGGGCUCACGCCGACGAUUCUUCUGGAGGAGGCGCUGGAGAGUGAUGACCCACAGCCGCUCGGCCGUAACUCCGCCAUGAUUGACGUGCUCGCCAUGCCGUGGGACAGCACUCUCCGGCGACGCGUCAUCUUAUUCUCAUACGGCAAUAUUUCAUAAACACAUGCAACGUAGCUCUUAAUAUGCUUACCUUUACUUCACCGCAGCAUAAAAUACUCUUACCUUUACUUCACCGCAGUAUAAAAUACUCUUACCUUUACUUCACCGCAGUAUAAAAUACUCUUACCUUUACUUCACCGCAGUAUAAAAUACUCUUACCUUUACUUCACCGCAGCAUA